GGCGUAUUUUUUUUAAAGCUGCACAUAAAUUAUUUGAACGGAAAAAAAAGGAAAGUGCAGCUUUUCAAUCUGGACUGAUGAAAAAGACUUAACAAAUCCAGAAUUUUGUCGACCCAUAAACCCGCCGAUCUCUCGGUUCACUAACAUAUUCUUGUCAAACCAUUAACGAUCUCCCGCUUUUUCAGCCGCUAAUCCCGGCAAUGGCCGCCGCCGCCGAGUGCCGUCCACCGGAACCCGGUGCCACCGACGACGACAACUCGAUACACGUGUCACUCAUAGACGCUAUUCAAAUCUUCACUGAUCUCGACAUUUCCUUAAACAAACUCGAACGCUUCCUCCGACUGUUAGGUUUCUGCCAGCACUCCGUCUUCAGUGCUGCCGUAUCCUGGCUGGCGUUUAUUGUCUUCUCCAUUGUUGUUCCUCUUCUCGUAGCGUACUUUGGUUACUGCACUAAUUGUGAACUGUAUCAGAUUAAUGACUUUGAGGUUGAGGUUCUUGUAUGUCAGUCUGUUGCUGCUGCUGUAUCGCUUUUGUGCAUCUCGCAUAAUCUCCGUAAAUAUCGCAUCAGGAGAUUGCUUUUUGUGGAUCGGUAUCAUGGUCAGUUGACUCAGUUUAGUGAGCUCUAUCUUAAGAAGAUACGGGUCUUUUAUUAUUUGGUGGUUUCGUGGAUGACAAUUUUCUUUUUGAUGAAGAUAGCUCGUGAAGUCACUAGAGCUGUGUCUCUUUAUGAUGGUUCUAUAUGGUGGUCAAUUGGAAUUGUGGUUGGUUCACUUGUAUCAUGGGCAUAUUCUACCAUUAUUUUUAUUGUGGGAACAGCUCUGUUUCAUCUGGUUGGCAAUUUGCAAGUUAUACACUUCGAACAUUUUGGCGAGCUUUUGGAAAUGGAUAUGGAUGUCUCAGUUUACAUCAAUGAGCAUAUGCGUCUGACCUAUUAUGUGUGUAAAAUUAGCCACCGGUUUAGGAUGUUCCUCCUCUUGGAGUACUUGAUAGUCACAGUAAGUCAAUGUAUAGUUCUAUUACAGACAACAACAAACCAAGGAAUCGUCAACUUCAUUAAUGCUGGUGAUUUUGCGGUAAUAUCAAUUGUUCAACUGGUUGGACUACUUAUAUGUCUGAAUGCAGCUGCAAAGAUAUCACAUAGAGCACAAGGCCUUGGAGCCAUAGCGAGUAGAUGGCAUGCACUAGUUACUUGUAAUAGCAACGAUGGUUCUGUCUCCGAACUUUCAUCUGAUAAUCGAAAUGUUGAAACACCAAAAACAGUGGGCCAGUUAUCUGUAAAUUAUUCAGAAGGUGAUUUGGAGUCCGCUGAUGGUUUGCUUCCACCCACAAAUGUACAACUCACUUCUACUAUGUCGUCAUAUCACAAGAGACAAGCAUUUGUGGCUUAUGUGGAGUCUAACCCUGGUGGUUUUAGCAUUUAUGGAUGGAGGGUUGAUCGAUUACUCAUUAACACGCUUUUCUUCGUUGAGAUGACGUUGGUUACUUUUCUUCUCGGGAUGACUCUAACGGUAAAAGUUAGGUGACAUAUACCAGACUGCAUACAAGUAACUCCAAUUAGCACUUCAUGUGCAUUGCAGUUCCCCUCAGCUUUUUAUUCAGGGUAUAGUUAGAGCUAGUAACCUUUAUUUCUUUUUAAUGAAAAUUAAUUACUAGAGUCCCAUAUAUUUUGGAUACCACUUUUUAUCUUGGUCCAAAACAUGGAGAUUUCUGUAUACAGCUAAGUUAUUCUUGUUUUCUACAAAACACAAACUAUAUCAUUCUUGAUCAGAGCAAUGUUGUUCGAUCUCUGUAAUACUAAUACUAGCUUAUAUAGAGAUUACCAAGUGUGA